AUGCAGAACGCUAAUCUCGACCUCACCUUAACCCUUUACCUUACACGACCACCACUCUGCCACUUGUGUCAAGUCGACCAGUUCUGCUCGAAGGCAUCACCAGAAGCACACAUCUUUCAAGCUGCGAUGGCGACUGCGAAUGUGUUCGACUUGCCGGAGCUGACGGAGGAGAUCCUGCUACGACUCUCGCCGAGAAGACUCUUUUUGGUCAAGCGGGUCAACAAAAGCUGGAAAGCACUUAUCGAAGGCUCCGUCCGCCUGCGACGCAGAACUUUCAUGGCUCCUGCUGGCAGCAUCCUCAAGACGAAGCACGGCAACACCACCAGGAAGGAGCGAAGCAUCACGCCUUUGCUGCCUGAAACACCCUUCACACUGGCGCCGGUCUUCCGGAAAUGGAACUGGCAUCACCCCCUACCGCGUGUUCACGCCGAAGCUCACUCUCCGUGCCCUUGGCAGACCGUUGUCAAUCUAGAAUGGGAAAUGGAUGGACGCAUGAACCCGCACGUACCUGAUAGCGUCCGCAAUAUGUACCUCACGCAGCCUCCGAUUGAUGGUCUGGCAGUGGGAAUCCAACGCAGAGAUGAUGAAUUGAGUUGGCUGAAGAGAACGCUUCUCCAUGAUGCCAACGGCAUCAAGAUUGGUCAAAUCGUGGACGCCAUCAUGGGUCUUCUGCAACUAAUCUGCGACGACUACAACGUUGACAAGAUGGUUCCGUCGUGGUUCAAGGACUGA